UGAACCCAGACCUCGCUCGACCAAUCAAUGGCGGUUGUUUGAAUGUUGAUUUCUCGUAGUAACUGGUGUUACAUUUCGUUUUGCUUGACAAACAUCGAGAUUUGCGUUGUUUAGACCAUGAAUCUCGGACGCCAUAUCUAUCUGGAAAAGACGGCACAAGCGCCUUCACCAAGCAAAGAUUUUCACCAGUUGAUCGUGCAAGACGGAGAAGUUCUUUGGAGAACAUGGCGCAUUUCGGCUCGCAAAGAUCAGCGUUACAUCCCACCUAGCCAGCGUCGAGUCCCUUGGGAAGAUUUCGAUGAUGAUGCCCUUACCCAAAUGGACAUACAUCGUGUUUUUGGAGACGAUACAUUGCGUCUAGUCCAUUCCCUGGUUUGUGGGGACUGGCUUGUUCGACUACCUUCGAACACAGUAGUUCACAUUGCAAGUUAUCUCGAUCUUAUUGACGUCUCGCGUUUGGGAUCAGUUUGCAAGUUCCUUCGAAAAGUUUGCUCCAGUGAUGAGCUUUGGGAAAAGAUCUAUAGAUCACACUGCGACACUAUAACUGACGAAAUACGCGAAUUAGCAAAAGAUGUUGGCUGGAAGAAAGUGUUUUUCACCAAUAGGUUACAACUCCAAGUUUUGAUGAAAAGAAAGAAGGACAAAGAAAACGCUCUCAAGAAACGAGCGUCGGAGCUGAAGAAACAAGCAGAGAUAGAAGAAUCACACCAUUCCUCUGCUUUCCUAACAAAAAACAACAACGAUGACUGAAUGGAGACAUACAUGAUCAAUUUUGUAUUUUAUAGUAAUCUCCUUCAAAACCACUUGUAGUUGUUAUAUAUUCAUUUUUUGCGUGCUUGUGGUUUGUACCAUAUUGUUUUAGGUGUUAAUUUGUUUUUUUUUGAAAAGGCGUGAAAAAACAUCAAGUACAAUUAACCAUAUUCGUUCAAUCGCUUAUGGUAUGUGGCGAACAAUGUUACAAUACUAGGCUUGUUGUAUUGACCUAGUCUAGUCAAACCCUACUCUGAUCUAGUAAUGGAUAUUUAAGACAACAGCAACAAUUUACAGACUAAAGGCUCUUUGCUGAAAAUCUGAUGGAGUGUGAUGGGUUGUGAUUGGUUGUGGUGGGGUGAUGGGGUAUACUGUUGCAUUUUCUGUAGGCAUUGAUUCACUGUAUAUCUGAGCAAAGCUAAUUUUUUAUUUUACAAGAAAUCGUGAGCUGUGAUGCAUCACAAAAAAACUAGGCCUUUCCCAAAAAAAAUAUAUUGUGCAUGGUAUAGUCAAAAGAAUUAUCACAAGGUACCAAUUAUAAUUUUAGUGCCAUUAUGGUUUUCUGCCAAUAAAUAAGUGCAGAAUUAUUUCAGGGUUGCACUGCCAUGCAUUGAGUUUUGUUGGUACAAUUCUAAUCAAUUUGAAUUCGAGUUUUAUUCACCUGUAAACUUAUAGAUAACAUGUAUAAAAUACAUAGAAGUGAUAGAAAACAAUUUAUUUGAAAUAUGUUUUGUUUUCAAUCUG